AAAGCAAAAUGAGUGAAUCUAUACUCUAAAAUAUGUCUAUAUACAUCUGUAUGUUGUAGUUCAUUUGAAACCACUAAAAAGACUUAUAUUUAUGAACGAAGGGAGUAGGUUUUAGGUUCAUAUUAUCUUGCUAUGUGUGAUGUUACAGUAACUAACUAUGUUAGCACAUGCUUUUUUUUUCUUAUUAAUUAUCCACCACAUUAUCUGUUUUGCCGAGAGAUGUGUGAUGUUACCAUCCAUGUUACUUCCACUGUGGGUAGUCUAAAGCAGACAUGCCGUGGUGAUGUCAGAGCAAGAGCCAGAGCCAGAGCGUGGGGAGUCCCACUGUCAGCGUGAAUCAAGGCCUGCGUGAUGUAGCCUGUUAGUAUUAAUAAUGCACCAACAACUGUUAGCAAGCUAGUAGGAGUAACUGUUAGAAACCAAUCGAAACAGCCUAACCCAAUAUUUAUGGCGACCGGGGCGUCAACGCACAUACACCAUAUAUACGAGCUAGCUAGUAGCUAUUGGCCAUAAUCUCUCUUCUCCUAGCUACCAACCCUUACGAGCAUCAUGGCUGGCGGGGACGAGCAUGAGCAUGACGCGCCGGGUCGGCUGGAGAGCACCCUGACGGACAAGUCGGCGCCGCUGGCGGAGCCCGCGUGGGCGGCGGGAGCGGUCGAGCUCCGGCUGCUGUCGCGGCUGGCGGCGCCCGCGGUAGUGGUGUACAUGAUCAACUACGUCAUGUCCAUGUCCACGCAGAUCUUCUCCGGCCACCUCGGGAACCUGGAGCUCGCCGCCGCCUCGCUCGGCAACACCGGCGUCCAGACCUUCGCCUAUGGCCUCAUGGUACGUGCGGACUCUCUAGCUCCUCCCGUCUGUGUUUCUCUGCCCAUUUACUGAGAGCUCCAUGAGAGCACAUGCAUGC